AUGGUAGCCGUCGCCGCUUCGUCUCCUGGCCUCCAGGACCAGUCGAAGCUACUAGAGGAAGCUAUCGCCAUUGUCAAAGUUCAAGCGUUUCAUAUGAAACGGACGUUGGACGCACACAAGCUCAUGGAUGCUCUGAAGCACUGCUCAACUAUGCUGGCCGAGCUGAGAACGUCUUCGCUGACUCCGAAGAACUACUACGAGCUCUAUAUGGCGAUCUUUGACGAGCUGAGACAUCUCAACACCUACCUUUACGAUGCGCACAUGAGCCAUCGCCAUCACCUAUCCGACCUUUAUGAGUUGGUUCAAUAUGCGGGCAACAUCGUGCCAAGACUAUACUUGAUGAUCACGGUUGGAUCAGUGUACAUGAGAGUCUCGAAGGAACUCAUCCCGCAAGGAUCUUUCGCAAAUGGCGAAAACAAUAAUUUGUCAACCGAAAAUGGAGAAGGGGAGGAUGGCCAUAAAGCGGUGGAUCAGGAAGAUGUACCGCCCAUCAAGGAGCUCAUGAAGGACAUGUUGGAGAUGUCUCGUGGGGUUCAACACCCGACACGCGGCCUGUUCCUGAGAUACUACCUCAGUGGAAUGACUCGAGACUUCUUGCCAGACGGCUUGGUGGAUGGACCGCAUGGAACAAUCCACGAUUCCAUUCAAUUCAUCCUGCAAAACUUCAUUGAGAUGAACAAGCUCUGGGUCCGUCUACAGCACCAGGGCCACAGCAGGGAGAGGGAAAAGCGGGAGCAAGAACGGAAGGAGUUGCGACUCCUGGUUGGAUCCAGUCUGGUCCGUCUGAGUCAGCUGGAGGCCCUGGAUCUGGAGACUUACAAGACCCUCGUCUUGCCCAGUAUCCUUGAAGAAAUCGUGAGCUGCAAAGAUGUCAUUGCUCAGGAGUACCUCAUGGAGGUCAUCAUUCAAGUGUUUCAAGACGACUUUCAUUUGCGAACCUUGGACGCUUUCCUGUCGGCGACGGCACAACUCCAACGGAGCGUUAACGUCAAGCAAAUCGUUAUCAGCCUUAUUGACCGGUUUGCUAGCUACGCUGCCCGAGCCCGCGACGAGUCUGCCGAAGAGAAGCCCGAUAAUACGGAAGAGAAGACGGGCACCCCAAGCGGCAUCCCAGAAGAUGUUCAACUCUUCGAUGUCUUCUGGCGGCAGAUCACCGAUUUGAUCAAGGCGCGGCCCGAGUUUACGAUCCAGGAUGUGGUGGCGCUCCUCGUGUCGCUAUGCAAUCUUUCGCUGAAUUGCUAUCCAGAACAGUUGGACUACGUGGACAAGGUCUUGGGAUACACGAAAGAGAAGGUGGUGGAGGCCCAAACCGCGAAAUCACCAGAGCUUCGCAACAGCAAAACUGUGUCAUCGCUCCUACAGUUGCUUCUCGGACCGAUUCAGGCGUAUCACUCGAAUGUGUUGACCAUCCUUCAGUUCCCGUCGAGCGUCACGCAGCACGACGGAGCGGGAUCGUCUUUAGCGUUAGCAGGGAAUUACGCAGAUUUGCUGUUCCUCCAGCCUUACUCCACGAGGCGUCAGGUUGCUCACGCAUUUGCUUCCACCGCACUACGAGCAUUCAACACCUCCGGUUUUAUAAUCGAUUCGGAAGAAGGUGUCAAUGCGGUGUUUGGGGAGGUCUGCAGUGUCAUGGUGCGGGAGCAGAACGAUGGUGGGCUAUUUGGACCCAAAAGCAUGCAAGUUGACGAAGAGCGAGGGCCCAAGUAUGCUGGGCGGCAGACCGAUGAGGAGCUCCCUCUGGAUUGGGAAGACGUCCUCGAGGAGCAGAACAUGAUAGCUAAGCUGGUGCAUCUGGUCAAGACGAGAACGGGAAAUGCCGAGAAGGAAUUUGCGCUGCUCUCAACCGCGCGCAAGCACUUCGGAGAAGGCGGCGACAUCCGUAUCCGUUUUACCCUACCUCCGCUGAUAAUAGCGUUGAUUCGUUUGGGUCGCAAAUACAGGACAGGAAACGAAGAGGAGGACGAGGCAGCAAGCGAAAAGCUUUCUUUUCUUUUCAAGUUCAUUCACCAAACUAUCUCAUCCAUGUCGAAAGCCCGGGAGCACUUUGGUGAUGACUACGAUGCAGACUCCCUAUUCAAGGACGACAACCCAGGGCCAUCGAACUCAUCGAAGAUUGGUUCUGGUCUCAUGGCGCCUCCAGAAAUGUCCUUGCGUCUGAACCUCAUGGCGGCCACUGCCGCGGACGAAGCUGGGUUUGAGGAGCUCAGCUAUGAAUUUUUCGUGCAAGCGUUCACAGUCUAUGAGGAAUCGAUCUCGGAAUCCAAGGCACAACUCCUAGCCAUCACGCUGAUCAUAGGGUCGCUUUACUCAACCAGCGUGUUCGGGUAUGAGAACUACGAGACUCUUAUCACAAAAGCCGCCGUUCACUGCUCCCGAUUGCUCAAGCGGGUCGAUCAAUGCCGCGCUCUCAUGUUGGUCAGUCACUUGUUCUGGGGAGAUGACACAAAGCCCAGGGAUGAUACGAAGCCAGUGUAUCGCGACGGACGCAGGGUGAUGGAGUGCCUGCAAAAAGCCCUGAAGAUUGCCGACACGGUAAUGGAGAAGAACCUCAACGUCGAGUUGUUUGUCGAAGUCCUGGAACGUUAUGUGUGGUACUUCGAGAAGCGCAACAAUGCGGUUACCGUCAAGUACCUCAACUCCAUCAUCGACCUGAUACAAACCAACCUGUCGAGCAUCGAUGCCGCGCGAUCCGACGUCCCGUCCCUGAGUCGGGCUACCUCAUAUGCCCCCGGACCUCUCUCCCCAGCGGGAAGCACAGGGUCUCUCUUCGACGACGACGCCACUCGGAAUAAGCUCUCCGAGUCAGUCCUUAAACACUACCAGAACGUCAUGGAGUAUCUGAAAGCAAAGAAGGACGAAGACAUUGAUGCUGGAGGUGGCGGUGGCCAGCAGCACGUCGCUGGCGUUCCCGAAGGCAUGGGUAGCGCGUUCGCUGAUACGGAGGUUCGGGGUCAAGGAAGUUGGAGAGACGUGACCAUUGCGACCACGAGGUGA